AUCACGAGGAGGGUGAGAGAGUUGUUGCAGGGGCGCACAAUGGAAGCGGAACUGGCAGAGUUAGAGAAAAUUCAAACCGAAAUCCUCCGACGCAUAUCGGAGCUAGAGCUCUCCCAUCUGCCUGCCGCCGCAGACGCCGCCAUCGACGGCUCGGAACUGGCGGAGAGUGAUACCGAAGCUCGACUCUCUUCCAUUCUGCGGAGCAACGGCGCCAAGGACUUCUGUUUCAAGAAGGUCGCUUCGGAUUACUACAACUGGCCUCUCGAGGCUCGACGGGACGCCCUCUCUGCCGCAUCGGUCGAUCAUCUCUGCAAAAGCAUCGUCUUGGUCAAUACACAAGCUCCAUCUAAUGUUAUUGAUUGCAGUGAUCGCAACAAUUCAAAAUACUAUGUUGUUGUUGUUCAGUAUACUGCUCGAUUCAAUGCUGAAACUGUUAAAAAUUUCUUGUAUUCACUCAAUGAUGGCAAGAUAGCAAAAAAGAAAUUUAACUUGAGGCUUGCACCUGAGGAGACUUCAGCGAAGUUGACUGGAUACGAGCACAAUGCUGUAACAUGUAUUGGUUUGAAGACAGACAUUCCGGUUAUUUUGGACGAAGCAAUCACCAAACUUAACCCCGAUUUCUUCUGGUUGGGCGGCGGUGAGGUUGAUCUGAAGCUCGGCAUCAGAACCUCUGAAUUUGUCAGCUCUGUGAGGCCUUUCAUUGUUAAUUGUAGUUAGUGGUAGUUGACAACAAGAGCUCAAAAGAGAAUUCAUCAUCAAACAAGACCAUCUGAGUAAAAAAAAAGUUUCUUUGAUUAUAAACAUUGUAAUUGUUGACCAUGGCUAAUGGCAGGAUAGGAAACUAGAUUGGCAUAAUGAGUUAAUUAUUUUUGGAUUUGUGAUUAAAAACUUGAUUAAAUUUGUGGGGUCCACAGCAGAAGAUGUAUGUAUAGGCCUUGUCUCACUUUGUUGUUGGUGGAAAAGAUUGGCGAAGUUGACACAUGGAAUGUUAGACUGCGCCACAAUUCAUUAAUAUGAACCAUUAAUUUUGGUAGGUA